AUGGCUGUAAAGCAGAAUGGCGAGUCGUCAGACAGCCCAAUGGAUCUCUCAAUCGCUAUCAUUGGUGCAGGCAUGGGUGGACUGGCAAGUGCUUUAUCACUGGCAAAGAAAGGCUUCAAGGACAUUCAGGUCUUUGAGAAUGCAUCAGACCUUGGUUUUGUCGGCGCAGGCAUCCAGCUGGCCCCUAACCUGGUCCGUAUUCUUACUCGCCUCGGCUGCUGGGACGGUAUUGAGGCGGAGGCAACAGAUGUUCUGGAAACAAGUAUCAGAGAACUCACCCAUGUCCAUAUGCCUGACAUCCGCAAAAAGUAUGGCUACCCUCACUGUACUGGGCAUCGAGCAUCUCUUGCCGGUGGACUCUAUGAGGCAUGCAAGAAGGAGAGUGCUAUCCGGUUCAACUUUGGCCACUCUCUUGAGAGCAUCGAAUCCUUUACUCCACAGACGGUCUUUACCGUGAAGCCCCGCGAUGGCGAGUCGUAUCAGGUCAAGGCCGCUGUUCUGAUAGCAGCAGAUGGUGUCAAGUCAGUUGCGCGUACCCAACUCCUCAGCCAGACUGGACUGUCGGCAACCACAGAAGAUACCGGCCAAGCUGCAUAUCGUGUGCUGCUUCCCCGCGAUGCCAUGGCAUCAGAUCCUGAGAUGAUGGCUUUACUCGACAGCAACCAAGUGACACGUUGGAUCGGAGAGAAGCGCCACUGGAUUUGCUAUCCUAUCGCAUCACGGACGAUUUACAACAUGUCAUCUAUCCAGCCCGAUGUCAACUUUGCCUCUGCGCCCUCAGCGACGUAUACAACAAGAGGCUCCAAGCAGGCCAUGCUUGACGUUUUCUCCGAUUUUUGCCCCGUCGUUCAACGAAUGUUGAACCUCGUUCCAGACGGUGAGGUUUGUGAAUGGAAACUACGAGUCCACAAGCCACUUCCAACCUGGGUCCAUGGUUCCGUGGCCUUGGUAGGAGACGCCUGUCACCCGACUCUACCUCAUCUGAAUCAGGGCGCUGGAAUGGCAAUUGAGGAUGCCGCUGUGAUAGCAGAGAUACUUUCUCGAGCCCCAAAUACGACUCCAGAGGCUAUCAAAAAGUGUCUCCAAGUUUAUGAACUUGUUCGAAAGGAACGCACCACGACUCUUGUUGACCUAGCUGCUCUUUCGGGGCGUACACUACACUUGGGUGCGGGCGCGGCAAAGGAAGAGAGAGAUCGACAGUUUGCCGAGGCCAAAACUAAUGGGGGCAAAGUUCCUGAUAAAUGGGCAUCUCCGGACGUACAACAAAUGAUCUACUCUCAUGAUUGUAUGAAGAUCGCUGCGGAGAAGUUCGAUGAGCUAUAUCAGAGUUUGAGUUAA